GGCAUCCGUUGUGUUAUUAGCUUCCAGUUAACUAUACGCCAUCUUCUGCAGUGGUCGACUCGUUUUUAUAUUUAUAUCUUCCUGUUUCUCCUCUCUUAAAGAGCGAUAAUUAAAAAGCAUGGGACGCAAAAAGAAGAAGCAGAUGAAGCCGUGGUGCUGGUACUGCAACCGGGAUUUCGACGAUGAGAAGAUUCUUAUCCAACACCAAAAGGCAAAGCAUUUCAAAUGUCACAUAUGCCACAAGAAGCUAUAUACGGGACCUGGUUUAGCCAUCCACUGUAUGCAGGUCCAUAAGGAAACCAUAGACGGGGUCCCUAAUGCAAUACCGGGGAGGACUGACAUCGAACUGGAGAUCUAUGGCAUGGAAGGAAUUCCAGAGAAGGAUAUGGAUGAGCGAAGGCGUGUGCUGGAACAAAAAACUCAAGCGGAGAGUCAGAAGAAGAAACAGAACAACCAGGACGACUCGGACGAUUAUGAGGAUGACGAGCCUGGGCCCUCAUUCCAGACGCCCGUCACACAGCCCCAACCCAGCUACAUACCGCCAAUGACCCAGCCGGGGGUGUCCCCUGUCCACGGCGCCCCGGGCAUGCACCCCGGGGGUUACACGGCUAUGCCCCCCCUGAUGCCAGGCGUGCCGCCCAUGAUGCCAGGAAUGCCCCCUGUAAUGCCAGGCAUGCCCCCCGGGAUGAUGCAUAUGGGUGGCCUGAUGCACCAUGGACCUGGGAUGCCCACGAUGAUGCCAGGCAUGCCGCCAGGUAUGCCGCCUCCCAUGGACCACAGGGCAGCGAAUCGCCAUAUGGCCCCCGGGCCCCCUGUCACAGCUCAGGGCAUGCUCAGUAGGCCUGCUGGGCCUGUAGUCACGACAACAACGGCCCCACCUGCUGUCACAAAGCCGCUGUUCCCCAGUGCAGGACAAGUACAGGCGCAGCAGGCGGCGUCGGCCCCGGUCGGCACAGACUUCAAGCCCCUGGGCACGGGCGCAGUCGCGGCGUCCGCCGACCCGCCGAAAGCCACCUUCCCGGCGUACUCGCAGUCCAGCCCCUCGGCCGCUAAUGCUGGUAGCACAGUGUCCAAGCCGCCAGCCACUGUGACAAGUAAGCCUGCCACCCUCACUACCACGAGUGCAACCAGUAAGUUGAUCCACCCUGAUGAGGAUAUCUCACUGGAGGAGAUGCGGGCCCAGCUGCCUAGGUACCAACGUAACAUCCCUAGGCCGGGCCCGGCACACAUGGCAGCCCCGCCGAUGGGGGCCAUGAUGCCCCCGCAGCAGCCCGGAAUGAGGCCCCCAAUCCACGGUCAGUAUGGGGCUCCACCACAAGGACUACCGGGUUAUAUGCCAGGUGGGAUGCCCCCAUAUGGACAGGGCCCCCCGAUGGUCCCCCCUUAUCAGGGAGGACCACCAAGACCACCUAUGACCAUGCACCCCCCUGUAAUGUCUCAGGGAGGGCGAUACUGAGACUUAGGUUUGGAGACCUCCAACUUUUUUUUUUUCUUUCCCAAUCCCCUAGGCUUGUGUUUUUUAAUUGCCAGACAGUAACGACUUGUUCAUCAGUCCACUUCAUCGGGAUAGAAACAUGGAAUCACGCAUCAGGUCUCGUUUUGCUUACUGGUUUUUAUUUCAACAAGCACAGUCAGUUUUUAUAUAUGAAUCGCUUCCCCGUGUUUUUUUUCCAUUGUUGUUUUUUUUCCUCUUUUUUUUUUUAAAGAGAUAAAGUGUAGUAAGUAAUUCGUGAUGUUUCUGAAGGCGUCGGCCCGGCCGUUAUCCAGGUAAACGUGAGCGCGGUUCCCCAGAAAUAGCGAUUCCGUGUCCCCAACCUGGUUUGGGCUGCUGAACACCGUUCUCCGUGCUGUAACCUUGAAACACAUACUCACCUCAUUUAGCUUUGCUCGUUACAGGCUUGAAAUGGCUUGUGAAUUAUUUCUGAAUGGUUGUAAAAUUUUAUUGUAAUAAAAUUUUGUUAAUCUUGG